GCACUGUCCUCUGCCCCCAGACCUUCACUGCCUGGUGCAACUCGCACCUGCGCAAGGCUGGCACCCAGAUCGAGAACAUCGAGGAGGAUUUCCGCAAUGGCCUCAAACUCAUGUUGCUCCUGGAGGUCAUUUCAGGAGAGAGGCUGUCCAGGCCAGACAAAGGCAAGAUGCGCUUCCACAAGAUCGCCAAUGUCAACAAGGCCCUGGACUUCAUUGCCAGCAAGGGGGUGAAGCUGGUGUCCAUCGGUGCCGAAGAGGUUGUCGACGGGAACCUGAAGAUGACCCUGGGCAUGAUCUGGACCAUCAUCCUUCGCUUCGCCAUCCAGGACAUCUCCGUGGAAGAAACCUCUGCCAAGGAGGGCUUGCUCCUGUGGUGUCAGCGGAAGACGGCGCCGUACCGCAACGUCAAUGUGCAGAACUUCCACACCAGCUGGAAGGAUGGCCUGGCCCUCUGUGCUCUCAUCCACCGGCACCGCCCCGACCUCAUUGACUACACCAAACUGCGCAAGGAUGACCCCAUCGGCAACCUGAACACUGCCUUCGAGGUGGCAGAGAAGUACCUGGACAUCCCCAAGAUGUUGGAUGCAGAAGACAUCGUGAACACCCCAAAGCCUGAUGAGAAGGCCGUCAUGACCUACGUUUCCUGCUUCUACCACGCCUUCGCGGGGGCGGAGCAGGCAGAGACAGCCGCCAACAGGAUCUGCAAGGUGCUGGCCGUGAACCAGGAGAACGAGAAGCUGAUGGAGGAGUACGAGAAGCUGGCCAGUGAGCUGCUGGAAUGGAUCCGCCGCACCGUGCCGUGGCUGGAGAACCGCAUCGGCGAGCCCAGCAUGAACGCCAUGCAGCACAGGCUGGAGGACUUCCGGGACUACCGGCGCCUGCACAAGCCGCCCCGCGUGCAGGAGAAGUGCCAGCUGGAGAUCAACUUCAACACAUUGCAAACCAAGCUGCGGCUGAGCCAACGGCCCGCCUUCAUGCCAUCUGAGGGCAAGCUGGUCUCGGACAUCGCCAACGCAUGGGGGGCGCUGCAGCAAGCGGAGAAGGGCUAUGAGGACUGGCUGCUCUCGGAGAUCCGGCACCUGCAGCGGCUGCAGCACCUGGCAGAGAAGUUCCAGCAGAAGGCCUCCCUGCACGAAGCCUGGACCCAGAGCAAGGAGGAGAUGCUGAGCCAGCGGGACUACGCGUCGGCUUCGCUGCAGGAGGUGCGGGCGCUGCUGCGGCACCACGAGGCCUCUGAGAGCGACCUGGCGGCGCAGCAGGACCGCGUGGAGCAUGUCGCUGCGCUGGCCCAGGAGCUCAAUGAUCUAGACUACCACGAGGUGGCCUCGGUGAACAGCCGCUGCCAGGCCAUCUGCGACCAGUGGGACAACCUGGGCACGUUGACCCAGAAGAGGCGGGAUGCGCUAGAGCGGAUGGAGAAGCUCCUAGAGACCAUCGACCAGCUGCAGCUGGAGUUUGCCCGGCGGGUAGCGCCCUUCAACAACUGGCUGGACGGCGCCGUGGAGGACCUGCAGGACGUGUGGCUGGUGCACUCGGUGGAGGAGACCCAGAGCCUGGUGACAGCACACGAGCAGUUCAAGGCAACAUUGCCCGAGGCCGACCGAGAGAGGGGAGCCAUCCUGAACAUCCAGGGUGAGAUCCAGAAGAUCUGCCAAACAUACGGGCUGCGGCCCAGCUCCACCAACCCGUACAUCGCCCUCAGCCCGCAGGACAUCAACACCAAGUGGGACACGGUCCUAAAGCUGGUACCCAGCCGUGACCAGACGCUGCACGAGGAGCUGACAAGGCAACAGGUGAACGAGAGGCUCCGGCGGCAGUUUGCAGCCCAGGCCAAUGCCGUCGCGCCCUGGAUCCAGGGGAAGGUGGAGGAAGUGGGGCGCCUGGCAGCGGGAAUGGCCGGCUCUCUGGAGGAGCAGAUGGCGGGGCUGCGGCAGCAGGAGCAGAACAUCAUCAACUACAAGAGCAACAUCGACCGGCUGGAGGGUGACCACCAGCUGCUGCAGGAGGGCCCGGUGUUCGACAAUAAGCACACCGUCUACAGCAUGGAGCACAUCCGUGUGGGCUGGGAGCAGCUGCUCACCUCCAUUGCCCGCACCAUCAACGAGGUGGAGAACCAGAUACUGACCCGAGACGCCAAGGGCCUGAGCCAGGAGCAGCUCAACGAGUUCCGGGCAUCCUUCAACCACUUUGACCGGAAGCAGAAUGGCAUGAUGGAGCCCGACGACUUCCGGGCCUGCCUCAUCUCCAUGGGCUACGACCUGGGGGAAGUGGAGUUUGCUCGAAUCAUGACCAUGGUGGACCCCAACGCAGCCGGGGUCGUGAUCUUCCAGGCCUUCAUCGACUUCAUGACCCGAGAGACAGCCGAGACCGACACGGCUGAGCAGGUUGUGGCCUCGUUCAAGAUCCUGGCGGGAGACAAGAACUACAUCACGCCUGAGGAGCUGCGGCGGGAACUCCCAGCUGAGCAGGCCGAGUACUGCAUCCGCCGCAUGGCGCCCUACAAGGGGGCCGGGGCUCCAGCUGGAGCCCUGGACUACGUGGCCUUCUCCAGUGCCCUCUACGGGGAGAGCGACCUCUGACCUCGACCCCUGAGGUUCUCUAUGCAAGUCCGGAGAGAGGGUGCUUCCUCUGGCUGAUCCCAUCCAUCCCUCGGAGCAAGGGCCCUAGAGAAUGACCGGCCAAGUGUUUCUCAAUAA